AUGAGGGCUCAAUCUUUGCUCAUGGCGGUAGUGUUGAUGUACUCUCUAGCGAGCUGCCUUCCGCGUGUUGACAAUGAGGUUCGCGACGUGGACUCGGUCGCUCAAGUUGAUGUAGCCGAUGAAGAAUCAAACUUGCCAACUUCGGGUGCUAGUUCCUCUCCGUCAAGAGGUGGCGGAGGUGACUCUGGAGGUGGCCAAAGACUGGGCGGAAAAUCAGGAGGGGGUCAAACACAAUGCGGUAGUCAGGCACCGGCGAGCAACAAUCCUCCUGCUAAAGCGCCACAAAUCCACCCACCACCGUAA